CGAGUAGCAAGAACACAUAUUAAAUUGCAUUGUUCAAAGUGCAAGAAGGCAGGCCACAAUGCAAGGAGAUGUCCGGACGAUCCUAACAUCAAGGAGAAGCUGAUGCAACCUAGGAAAAGAAACAGGAAAUCUAAGAGCAGACAGAGUGUUGGACUGCAUGAUAGAGAUGAGGGAGUAUCUAUACAGGAAGAGCUUGUUGAUGAGUCCAACCUUGUUGACAUUACCAUGAUGUGUGCCGAGGAAGCUAUUUUUGGAAGUGAGGUUCCUAUUAUUGUGAGUGUGGAGGACACUAAUAUGUUUACACAAGACACACAACUCACUCAGGUCUCAGAAGAGAGGACAGAAGAAACCAAAGAAGAGAGCAAAGAAAAGAGGGCAGAUGAGGGGAAAGAAGACAGCAAUGAAGAGAGCAAAGGAGAGAGUGAAGAACAGAGCAAGGAGGUAUCAGAAGAGGAGACUGUUGGGACUUACCAGAGGACAAAGCAGGGUGUUAGGAUAUGCUAUGGACCACCCCCUAGUCAAAAGAAGGGCAGUACAAGUGUUCCUAAAUCUUCUCAGGUUAAUCCGAGACCUAAACUCACCAUUCAAAGGGGACCAAGCUAUGCUACUAGAUCCAAAACAACAUUCAAAUCAGUCUUCUUUGGAAAUGAUGAUGAACCCAUUGAUAUAGAGUAGUGGUUGGAGUCAAAUGUUUAUGAAUGAUGGUACUUUGAUGAUGUAAUUGUAUGGACUACCUUUUUUGCCUUUAUGGGUGUGACUGUCACGUGUAACAAAACUCAAGAUUGUUAAGUUAUUAUGUAUUGUUU